CCCCACCCCGCGGUCCGCCUUGCCCUCGGGACGCAGAGCGCGCCUCGACGUUUCCGGCGGGGCCCGGACGCUUAAGCCGCCCUGCUUGUGCGCCCCGGUCAACCGGUGCAGCCCAAGGGGAGAGAGGUGCAGUCCUGGUGUACUCUUGUGUCUGGCUGGAGUGAAAGAGAACAAUGCCGGACAACUCUGGCCCUCUAGUUCCUUUACACUGGAUUGGCUUUGGCUAUGCAGCCCUGGUUGCUUCUGGUGGGAUCAUUGGCUACGCAAAAGCAGGGAGUGUCCCGUCACUGGCCGCUGGGCUUCUUUUCGGAAGUUUAGCCGGCUUCGGUUCUUACCAGCUGUCUCAGGAUCCGAGGAACAUUUGGGUUUUCCUAGCUACAUCUGGAACCUUAGCUGGCAUUAUGGGAAUGAGAUUCUACCACUCUGGAAAAUUUAUGCCUGCGGGCUUAAUCGCCGGUGCCAGGAACAUCUGAUGAGCAGAGGAAAGGAAGAGAUGAAAAGUUACGAGGAAGCAUUUACUUAAAGAAAAAGAAAACAGGAACAUGCAUGCUAAUCUGACACAUAAUACUUAAUAUACAAAGGCCUUCAAUAUAUUAUAAAAAUCAUUUUUUUUUAAAUGCCCACUUUCAAAGAGCAGAUACUGAGAUAACAAAAUUAUUUGAAACAUUACAAUUUUCUGCUCUUCGCUUAAAAAUUGCUACAAAGCCGUGGCUGCUGACUCACUGUCAGGCUGACUUAAAAUACCUGAGGCUUCAAAAAAAAAAUCACUUGCUGUGUAUAAAGUAUUUACUUACAUAUUUUGUUUCAGCAGAGAGAUAACGAAGCAAUGUUUUGCACAGAUAAGGUAACUAAGUCCUGUGGAAGGAAUUCUGCGGUGGUAGGAAAUCAUAAAUUACCGAAGUCCAGUGCUUCUCAUAGUUUUAGCUCCAACAGUGUGAUCUUUAGAGGUUGACCUUGAGACAACCUUAGAGUGUGAACUCUAAUCAGGAGUUUUAAAUUCGGGAUGGAUUUAUUCAACUGCGUGUCUUACCAAACUUCUGAUUGUCUGCCUUGGUGUUUAUUUUAAGUGCCUUACGAGGACUUAUAUUUUAGAGUAGUUUUGAGGACCUUCAUAGGCAAGAACAAGUUCAAGUACAGAAUCAUCACCCCGAAUGUGGCUGCCAUGCCACGCCACUCCAGAGCCAGCACCUGACUUGGUCAUAACUGGAGGGCUGAGGAAUAAGCAACCUGUCCACCAUCUAUUCCUGGCGCCAAGCAGGAGCCUGGGCGGGCAAGCUCUGCCACGGCUCGCUUCUGCACUCGGCAGAGGAACCAGCGGUGGAGUGGUACGCAACAGCGUCUCCAUGUUCAUGAAGCCUCCGCCCGGUGCCAGGUGCUGGGUGCGCAGUUCUGAAAAAUGUUUACACCCCCUCGGGUCACGCAGCGUGUUCUCCGGGAUCCCACAAACUGGUUCCUCUCGCAGCCCCGCCAUUCGGCAGCUGCGGGACCCUCGGUAAAUCACCUGAUGUCAGGUUCCUCAUCUGUACAAGGUCUGCCGCACCCUGUCUUGUAAACGGUCCGUAGCAUAACCUGUGUGCCUGGCACAGAGGUGCCACUUCAUUAAAGGCAGCUCUGACCACAGACUCUCAAACCACAUCUUCAGAAGGGGCAUUUUGCCAAAACUAAUUAGAACUGUGUUAACAAGGUGAGGCUUACCUGAAGCUGUUGCUCCGAGAGGUGCUAAGUGUAUCCUCUGGCCAGCUGACCCCACUUCUUUUUUGAGAAAGGAAGGGAUAUAUCCUGACUGAUUGUAAGUAGCGUAACUUCCAAGAUUUCCUAGUGACGUAUCAUAAAGUUUCAUGGUCAGAAGGUGAAAAUUGUAAAGCACCGAGAGUAUCUUGAAUACUAACUACCAUCCCUAUUUAUUCUAGAGUCUGUUCUUCUGAGGACUGAUUCUACUUCAAGCACUGCACUAUGGCUUUAUAGAUCAUCCUAUUCAAUUCAUACAACAACCCUUUAAAUGUAUAUUUUAUCCACACCUCGUAGCUCUUAGAACUUGUCUACAUUAUCACAGUAAGUCACCAGGUUAGGAUGUGAACCCAAGGCUGUUUGCCCUGAAUCCACCAGGUGUUUUUAUGACUCCACUCUUAACCUGAGAAUAUGUUUCCUGCCAGGAAGUCCCCGUCCCUGCACUGCUCUCGGCUUGUCUUCAUGCUGUAAAAUCACUAUCAUAACUGCACCUAUUCCCAUCGGGUUGUUGUAGGGAUUGGAUGAGAUGUAUGCAAAGCACUUAGCAUGGAAUCUAGUGUUCGGUGAACGUCAGUGGUCAUCAUCCUCCUCGCUAGUAGUGAAUGAUCAACUGGGGCAGUAGAGUGAUGGGCUGAAGGGAGAGAAUCUAGAGGCAGAAGACCAGAGUGGGUGUAUGGGGGAGGAGGGGUAGGGAAAGAGGAAUAGAAACCCCUAAGUUUGUAUCUUAGGGGACUAACAACAGCAAUGCAGGAGAAUCACGUUUGUUGGAAAGACAUGGUGGCCAAGGGAUAUUUGAGUCGUAGUGUCGAGCAGGCCUGGAGAUUUGGAGUUAGCGAGGUGUGGCAGUCAUGGGCUGUGGGCUUGGAGAGAGACACACAGAGACUAGAUGUGCGAAGAUCCAGAGCGGAGCCCCAGGGGACACCAGCAUUAAGGGAGAGGACAGAAAGGAGCCCGUGGAGAAGAGGGAGCAGGGAGGGUAGGUGAUGGGAGGAGCGGGGUCUGAAGAGCCAGGAGGGUACAGUGUGUGGAGCGAGAAGGAAGGCCCAGGGGGCAGAGGCCUGAUGGGAUCUGCACCACCCAGGGGUUCUGGCCACUAGGGUAAUGUCAGGACCUGGCAGGAGCUGUUUCAGUGGCCUGAAGCCAUCUGAGGACAAAUUACAGUGAGCUGAGGAGCAAACUGGAAAUAGGAAGAAAUGAAUGUAGUUUCUCCUUCAAGAGCCUAGCUGUGUAGGAGACGAGUCUGCCAGCAAGGGGGUAAAAUCAGUGGGGCUCUGAUCAUGGUGGUUUCAGGACCUGCUUGCUUGGCGGCUGCGACGGAAGCAUCUUCUACAGUGUUACUUGUUCACAAGUCUGGACUCUGGACCUCUUGUCCCUGAGUCUGCCACCACGCUGUGUACAGUAGGCUGCCCGCAAGUGUCUGCUCUUGAACCAACGAACGUCAAACAGCAGCAUUGUCACGGAACUGGGGUUUUACCCGGUGAGCACGUUCCCAGCUUGUACAGCUGUAGCACUACUGGCGUCUGUAGAAGCGUGAUCACCUUGAGUGCCCAUUUGAAAUCACCAGUCAGCCCCCUACUUUGAAAGACUUUUGAAAGGAAGUUCAAGGCAAUGAUCACACUCAGUAGCAGCUUCAGAACAUUGCUCCUGGUCCUCUCCUCCUCACCAGAGCAGACACUUAUUAAAUGCUUACCGUGACGAAAA